ACAUCCGGUAUAAAUAGAAAUCCGACAUGAUAAUGUUUCGAGGGUUUUGACUGAACUAUUGAAUGGACGGAGACAAGCUAACGAGUAAAACAGAUUCAGAAGAAUUGAAGACAACAUUACAGUCCUGCAUAGACUCUUUAACAGCAGAGGCAAAUGAGUUAUACCUGGAUCAGACGGUGGCUGUGUUAGAUUCUCCACUUACACCUCUCCAGUUUUAUAGAGACUUCAUUUCUCCCAAUAAACCCGUUGUCAUCAGAGAUCUUAUUAACCACUGGUCAGCCCUGCGAAAAUGGGGGCCAUCAUAUUUCAGAGAAACUAUAGGAAAUCUACAAGUAACGGCCACGGUAACACCAAAUGGUUAUGCAGACGCUAUUCAUGACGGUAAAUUUGUAAUGCCAGAAGAACGUUUGAUGUCAAUGUCAAGGUUCCUGGACAUCCUGGACUCUCCAGGAAAAGAAGUCUUUUAUAUCCAGAAACAGAAUUCUAAUCUAACUGAUGAGUUUACAGAGAUACUGAAAGAUGUAGAUUGUAAUUUGAAAAUAGGAGAGGAGGCUUUUGGUAAACAACCAGAUGCUGUUAAUUUCUGGAUGGGAGACGGUCGAGCUGUAACAUCAAUGCAUCGGGAUCAUUAUGAAAAUAUGUAUUGCGUAAUAUCCGGUUGGAAAAAAUUUAUCCUGAUACCACCUACUGAUUUACCGUAUAUACCAUAUGAAGAUUACCCAACUGGAAUAUUUAAACAGGAAGAUGGAAUAUGGUCAGUUGUUGAUGAUCCAAAUACAACACAGGUUCCUUGGAUCGCCAUUGAUCCAUUACAUCCAGAUACAGUAUCUUAUCCACAGUAUAACAAGGCCACACCAAGGGAGGUAACUGUGAGAGCUGGUGAAACUCUUUAUUUACCUUCGCUAUGGUUUCAUCACGUUCAACAAUCACACGGGUGUAUUGCUGUAAAUUAUUGGUACGAUAUGGAAUAUGACAUCAAGUAUAAUUAUUAUAAAUUUCUAGAGAAAUUAACAUCAGUGAUAAAAUAACUGUGAUCAACAUAGAAAGGAAAUAACUUAAAAUAUAGAAAUCAACAGUUAUAGCAAAGAUAGGCAAUUGGUAAAAUUGUCACCAGUUAUAAAUAUCAUUAAUGACAAAGAUAGGCAAUUGGUAAAAUUGUCACCUGUUAUAAAUAUCAAUUAUGACAAAGAUAGGCAAUUGUUAAAAUUGUCAUCAGUUAUGAAUAGUGUUAAUGACAAAGAUAGGCAAUUGGAAAAAUGUGUGCAAUGCCUUUUUAUAUUUUGAUGCCAAGAAUGUGAUUUUAAUGAUCUACCAUCAAGAACGUUUUUUUUAUUCGCAUCCUACAUAUUGGAAAAGGAAAUAUGUGUUAUAAAUAUUGUCUAGAUUAUGGAUAAUUGAUAUUUUCAUAAAAGAACUUGAUUUUGACAAGGAGGAGGUGUGAAUUGUUGUAAUUUUGCAAACUCUAUUUGUUUUAUAUUUUUCAUUUUUCUCAUUUCAUACAAAUUGUCUACCGAAUCACUUCGUCUUCCUUCCUUAUUGUCAGGCCUGGAAAUAAAGGUUUUUAGAUGUAACUGACGAAAUGUCAGGCAGAGGUUUAGUGCCUGACAGUGCUCGAAUCUGUGCCUGGCAUUGUCUGUGACAGGUGCCUUAUUUAAAGGCUUUCUUAUUGUUGAUUUAGAUAUAGGCAGAUAGAAUGAAUGCCUGGUUAGUCUUCCUUCUUUUAAUAAAUUGUUUUAAUAAA